AUGUCUUCUGCUCAUGAUGCCACCACCAAGAUCUCCAUUGACAAGUUCGACGGCGACAACUACGCGACAUGGAGCCGGUACAUGCGUGGCGUGUUCCUGACCAAGUCGACGUGGCACGUGGUGAACCGGGAGACGUCGCCGACCUACGCGGACGAUCGCGCCAUGGACGACUACGUCAAGGCCAACAACGUCGCUUUCGGACUGAUGUUGCUGCACAUGGACGCGGACUACCAUCACAUCGUCGAUGACUGUGAAGAGGCGUGGGUCGCGUGGGCGCGUUUGAAGAUGCUGUACGGCGGAUCGCAGAAGGCUGGACGCAUCUACUUGAAGCGCCAGCUGUUCAGCAUGGAGAUGGCGGAAGGCGGCAAUGUGAUGCAUCAUUGCAACGAAGUCCUCAACCUCAGCGCGAAGCUCAGCAGCACCGGCGCCAAGAUGGAGGACGAGGACAUGAGCAGCACGGAACUGCGAUCGCGAGACGUCGUGAGAGUGCUCACGAAUGAGCACAUCAAGAGGCAAGGUGACAAGACGACAUCGGUGAAGACUGAAGACGCGGCGAAGGCGUUCAGUGCCGAGCGUGAACCUCGCCAGUGUACAUGCUGCGGAAAAUUGGGGCACACGGCGGAGCGGUGCUGGACCAAGCAGAAGGACGAAAAUCAAGGUGGAGCUCGACGCGGCGGCAACAAUGCUCGUGGACGCGGAGCCAACAAUGUUCAGUGGCGAAUCAACAGCAACUACGACGACAACUACGAUCGAGUUGCGUUCGCGGUUUCGCUGGAGGCUGGACUUUCGGCGGGCAAGAAUAUGCCAGGGAUGUGGGCAGUCGACAGCGGUGCGACGCAUAACAUCUGCAGCGACAAGGCCAAGUUUGCAAGCCUGAAUGAGCGAGAGGAAGGCGAACUAUCAGUGGCUGAUGGCAGCAAGGCUGCGAUCAAGGGUGUGGGAACCAUCAUGGAACGCGUGGUUCUGUCCAAUGGUGACGAACGCGACAUUGAGAUCAAGGACGCAUUGUUCGUACCAAGUAUGAGCAAGAAUCUGCUUUCGGUGCCACAGAUCAACAAGGGUGGCAGGUUCCAAGUCGUGUUCGAUGGAUCCAAGAUGCAAGUGAAGCGCAAGAAUUCCACACAAGUUGUGGCAACAGCGGAUCUCGUCGAUGGACUUUACUGGCUGCGGACUCCUCAACGAUCGGCAAAUGCAGCAACACGCAAUGGGACUAUCGACUUGCAUGCGCGCAUGGGUCAUGCACACCCUCAAAGUUCUGCGCAAGAUGGCGGCCAUUGGCCCGCAGAUCAAGGAAAGAUGGUCCAAAAACCAUUCCCAACCAACCGUGACAAACGCCAAUAUGGUGUGUUCGAGUUGCUGCACUUCGACAUCUGCGGGCCAAUGGAACAAGUCUCGAUCGGUGGCAGCAGAUACUUACUGCUUGUGGUUGACGAAGCCAGCGGUUGCGUGAAGGGCUUCUGUCUGCGGUCCAAGUCUGAGAGUGAAGACUGUAUCAUGAACCACAUUAUCAAGAUUCAAACUCAUAGAAAUAAUUUGUUCGGCACGAUGGAGCGCGUCACGGUGCCGUAUGCACACCAGACCAACGGCACCGCAGAACGCGCGAUACGGACCAUCGUCACGAUCGGACGCAUCUUGUUGCAUCAUGCAAAGCUGGAGAAGUGUUUCUGGGCUGAAGCGGCAAUGAAGGCGAUCUACAUCAAGAACCGCCUGCCUUCACCCAAGAUCGACCACAAGACUCCGUUCGAGAUCGUGUACAAGUCGAAACCAAGUGUCAAGCACAUGCGCGUGUUUGGAUGUCGGGCGUUUAUCCUGACACCAAGGGAGAAGCGAUUGAAGUGGGACCCGAAGGCUCGUGAAGGGAUAUUCAUGGGCUACGAAGAAGCGUCAAAAGCUUAUCGAGUGUACGACAUUGAGGCGGGCCAAGUGGUGAUCAGUCGUGACAUCACCUUCGACGAAUCGACUUUUGACUUUUCGAUGGACCGACCAAGUGACGAUGAUGAAGAUGCGCAGUUGGACCUCGACCUCCUGGCGAUCAACGAGGACGACGUGCGUCAAACCGUCUACAAGCAGACUGGCAAGCGCAAGAGUGAAGCAAGACCCGGCAUGUCACGUUCAGAUCGCCCUCGAACUGGGUUGGAACAAGCAAGUGCGCCGGAACACGUCUCCAGCCGUCACCAGAAACGACGAUCAAGUGCUCCAGAAACGAUGUCUGAUGACGAAGAAGAUGCAAGCGUCUACGAUCAAGAUGACGACUCGACGCCUCCAACAUUUUGGCGUGCAAGUGCAAAAGCAAUGGAAGCAACGGACCUAGCAGAACCUGUGACUUUUCAAGACGCGGUCAAUGGUCCUGAUCAAGCUCACUGGCGAAAUGCUGUGAAGGCGGAACUCAAGUCGAUGCAUCUUCUCGGAGUUUUCCGUGCGGCAAAACUGCCAAGAUGCCAAGGCGCGAUCGGCACCAAGUGGGUGUUCAAGAUCAAGCGCAAAGCGGAUGGAUCGGUCGAGAAAUACAAGGCGCGUCUCGUUGCCAAGGGCUUCAAGCAGAAGUACGGCAUCGACUACACAGAGACGUUUUCGCCCGUGGUCAAGUACGUGACACUGCGUAUGGUGAUCGCGAUCACCAAGUACUUCAAAUGGUCACUGGACCAGCUCGAUGUGGUGACAGCCUUUCUCUACGGAGUGAUGAAGGAUAAGGUGUACUGCGUGAUACCAGAAGGCGUCGAGAUGGAUGGCGACUUCGACUGUCUCGAGUUGGUGAAGGCGAUCUACGGUCUCGAGCAAGCUUCACGUGUGUGGAACGAGACUUUCGACGACUCGCUCGAGUUGAUUGCGCAGACGAAGGCCGACCUCAAGACACGUUUCGAGGUGACCGACAGUGGCAAGUGUACUUUUGUACUGGGCAUCGAACUGGUGGACGAAUCGGAUGGCAGCGUGACGAUGUGCCAGCGACGGUAUGUCAAAGACAUACUCAAGCGCUUCGGCAUGGAGGAGUGCAAGGCCACAGCAAAUCCGGUCGACUUGAGCACUCGGCUUGUCGCAAGCAGCGAAGCGGCCAAGAUCGACGUUCCGUUUCGUGAAGUUGUGGGAGCUUUGAUGCACUUGACGACUGCGACGCGCCCGGACAUUGCGUAUGCUGUGGGGUACGUCUCGCGCUUCAUGGAGAAUCCGCAGCAAGAACAUUGGACGGCGGUGAAGCGCAUCUUUCGUAACUUGCAAGGGACCAAGUCGCACGGACCCCACUUCCAGCCAAGCGACAAGAUCGACUUUCGUGGCUACACGGACGCGGACUGGGCCGGCGACCACGCUGAUCGCAAGUCGACUUCGGGUUACACUUUCAUGCUGAUGGGUGCUCCUGUGAGUUGGGGAAGCAAGAAGCAGUCAAGUGUGUCGCUGUCGAUGAGUGAAGCGGAAUACAUCGCACUGAGUCUGGCCAUCCAGGAAGGCAAGUGGGUGCAUCGCCUGCUAUGCGAGAUUUUGGCGGCCUCAAACGAACCAGGACCGGACCUCGUCAUCCGUGAAGACAACCAGUCGUGCAUCAAGAUGACAAAGAAUACGGUGCAUCAUGGCCGCGCCAAGCACAUCGACAUCAAGUACCAUCACAUCCGUGAUGAGGUCAAGCGCAGUGAAGUGCAGCUCGAGUAUUGCGAGACUUCCGUGAUGAUGGCGGACAUCAUGAUCAAGGGACUUUCAAGACCUCGCCACAAGGACUUGACGACGGCUCUCGGCAUUCGUGCGAGUUCGGAUUGA